AUGCCGCGUCCCCCUUUCUCUCCUUCCUUCAUCUCGUUCUCUCACUCUCACUCUCAUUCACCACUCUGCACGCUGCGCGCAGUCAAAGCGCUCACUCGUUGCAUACUUCACGCUCUCGUGGCGUGGCUGCAGCGCGUGCGAAUGGAGACCCUCACCACCAUUACGGCUGCCACUCCCACUGCCGCGGCCGCAGCUGCGGGGAGUUACUUUUUGGGCUCCUCCACCUUUUCCGUCUACGAGGAGAUGGCGCGCCAGCUGCACGAGGAGGGCUGGCGGCGCAAGCGAGAGGCAGCGAUCGCCACGGCAGACUUCAUCCUGGGUGAUCGCUUCCACAUUCCCUAUGCCCUUCUUCGUGGCGAGCGGAUGGCGCUGUCGUCUCGAUUUAGCGGGACACGGUGGGUGAACUACUUCGAGGGCUCGCAUCGCCUGACGCUCAAGGCGGCGAUGGUACAGCUGAUGAAGGAGGCCGACACGUGCUGGGCCACGUGGCUGCCGGAGUCCUAUGCGAUCGGCGGGGACCAGCUAAAGAGGGUGGAUGAGCGGCGGGCGCUGCUGGAAGCGCUCACGGUCGAAGGAGACGGUGAUGCGGUGUGGAUCGUGAAGCCAAGCAGCGGGGCGAAGGGCCAGCGCAUUGUGCUGCUCCGCGCCUCCGCAGUGCCGGAGUGGCUGGAGCAGCUGCCCAUAUCUGGCAGAACCAUGUACGUUGUGCAGCGCUACGUCGAUCGUCCGCUGCUACUAAGUCACGGCCGCAAGUUUGACAUUCGCGUCUGGGCGCUGCUGAUGAGUCCCUACAGCAUCUACGCCUACACCCAGGCCAGUUGCCGCACCGCGAGCGUGCCGUACGACUUGGCUGACAUCACCAACAUCCACGCCCACCUCACGAACCACUGCCUGCAGGAGGGUGCAGAGCAUUUUGGCGAUUACGAGGAAGGGAAUGAGAUGUGGCUGCCGCAGCUGCAGGCCUACUUCACUUCUGUCGGCAAGCCACCAGAUCUUCUAGAGACCCGCGUGCUGCCCGCCGUCAAGGAUCUCCUCGUGCGCACGCUCCUUGCGGUAAUGCCAGCGAUAGCCGUUCCUGCCGCAGAGGCGUACAAGUGCUUCCAACUUUUCGGCUACGACGUGAUUCUCACGGAGGAGGCGGAGGUAAAGCUGCUGGAGAUCAACGGCUCUCCCGGCGUCGCGGAGCGCAUCCUUGUUCCACUGGUACGCAGCAUGCGAGGGCUAUUCGACGCAGGGCCAACAGAUAGUGCAGGGUCGACAACGGCCGUCUACGACGCCGACGACACAGGCCAUGAGAAGUGCUGCGAGAGCGGUAGCAGUAACAGCACUGGCGGUAACUUCAGUCCGAUGGAUGCAUCCAACAGCCCCCCAGAGGGACACGGCACUUCGCGUGUUUCCUCAGCAGAGGCGCCAGUCGCACGGGUUAUGCAGAAUUGGCGGCUGGAAGACGAGGGCUUCGUGCUGCUAUGGCGUUACGGCGAUGCAGUGCCACCUGGCUUGGUGGGCGUGUACUCGCAGUCCCACUAA